AUGUGCAGCUAUUGGGCUGUAUUAGCCUUUUGCUGCUUGGGACAGCUGUAUGCAGAUCAAAACCUGAAGCCUCAGCUUGCAGCCCCUCACCUUGCUACAAACAAUCCAACUCUUACUACAGUUGCUCUAGAAAAACCUUUCUGUAUGUUUGAUAGCUCACUGGGUCCAAAUAAAUCUUACGUCAUCUACUUGUACGCGAUGAAGGAAUCAGCAAGUAUAAUAAGCUCCCUGGUGACCGACAACAGCGGCAAACCACUCGACAGCACCUUCCAACAAACAAGUGGGGGGCAACUUGGACCUUACAAGGCUGCCUUGUUCAAUGUACCCAAUUGUGCCACGCCUCCCAAACUUGCUGAUGUAGGAGAUGUCAACAAAGUUUCUGAUGUCCUGAAACAAUAUCUCUUCAGAGUUGGGGAUGAUGGGACUUGCUUGUAUGACCCAAACUUCCUAGCUGUCUGUAACCCACCUCUUGCACCAGACACAACAUACAGGUUUAAAUAUGUGUUGGUAGAUAGCACUGAAGGUGUCAUGAAAGACCAAACCCUCUGGUCUGAUCCAAUCAAAACCAGAAGAGGGGAUCAGGAGAUUCUUCUGCAGAGACAAGGUGCAUGA